AUGAUGGAAAGAUUCGAAGAUUUGCUCGCUGCAAUGGAGGGAAACAUGGCGCACAGAUUGUCAAGGAUCAAAAAGCGACUAGAAUCCUUAGAGACCAUGGUAAGUUUUCUUCUUCUUUAAUUACGCAUGUGUUUGCAUGGCUCUGUCCACUUUGUCGUUUUAAAAUACCGUAAUUUCUCUCCUCGCGCGACAAACUAUGAGAAAGACAGGCAAUAUUGUUAUUGUUAUCGCAGUUGCUCUUCAUGUGGCGUCCAUUUGCUAUUCGUAGGAAACCUAGGAAGAUUUCAUUGAAUUUCUCAGGUGUAAUUAGUGUUUCCUAGAAAUUCAACAUUAUAUUCCUCUUGAUAAAAAAAAAGCGACUCUAGUAAACGCUAGCUAGCGUUGUUUCUUUACGUCAAAUUUAUCCCGAAAUUCUGUUCGUAAAUUUUCAACGUAAAUUAUAGUGUUAGUAAUUUGGUAAAUUUUUUGUUCUGCUUUUUUUUCACAGUAUCCAAGCCCACUUAACAUAGACCCAUUAUCAGUCAGUUUGUCUGCGAGUGUUCCGCCUCUUCAUGACUUGUCGACGAUUGACAUAGACACUUUCGAAAGCUUGAGCGCCGAAGUCAACACUAGCCUUUCAGUACAUUCGCUGGCUCCUGCUGCUUCUACACUGGAAACUUCUGCUGCUCCCACACUGGAAACUUCUGCUGUUCCUACAAUGGAAACUUCUGCUGCUACUACAGUGGAAACUCCUGCUGUUCCUACACUAGAAACUCCUGCUGAUCCUACACCAGCAACUCUCGCCAGGACCGUCAGUUCCAACAGUGCCGUAGACAGCGCCGUUGAAAUCCCAGUUGCAGAAGACGUUAUUCAGACAUGUGUAACCCCGAGGAAAGUACAGCGGGUUUGGGAAGCACUCCAAAAAGAAGCAAACAGGCACAGAUGCGCAGUUAACCUUCUUCCCUUCUUUUUCCCGAAGGAAGAAAUCAUGAACAGUAACACGGAUGGUUAG